AUGUCUAUUUUCGCCUCAAUAGGAGGCCAUCCUGACCAAGAACCAUAUAUCACAGUAUGGGAAGACUUGGUGAUGUAUCCGCCGGACUGGGUCCGACCAUUUCUUCCAAAUGAUAAAAUAAGAGUCCUAGCCCCAUCCUACUCAUACUUUAAACGGGGCGUACCUGUGACAACCAGGACUCUGGCUCUCACAGGAGUAGAAGAAGGGGUGACCAAUAAUGGAGGAGAUUAUGAAAAAUUGAAAGAACCAAGCCCUAAGACCAAGGUAUAUCCAGAGGUCGAAGGACCCCCUGAAUGGACUCCACCUGUAUCCACAUCUAUACCCACCGCCCCCCCAACUGGACCCCGGUCCCCAGACGAGGGAGUACCUGUGCCAUAUAACCCGGGGGGUUGGGAAGAAGGACCCUAUACCGGUACCAGGAGUAAACGGGGGAUAAUGCCUGAGGGACCAGACUCCACUGUAGCCUUACCACUCCGGGCGGUGGGGCCAGCCCCCACAGAGCCAGAUGAGUUACAACCAUUACAGUACUGGCCCUUUUCGUCCUCCGAUUUGUACAACUGGAAAGCAAAUAACCCUUCUUUUUCUGAGAACUCUGCUGCCCUCAUAGGACUAGUCGAAUCCCUGAUGUACUCCCAUCAGCCCACAUGGGACGACUGCCAGCAGUUACUUCAAACACUUUUCACCACAGAGGAGCGAGAACGAAUCUUCUCGGAGGCACGAAAAACCCUGCAGGAAGGCCAACCAGGCCAACCCCCUCGAACAGGAAUGGAAGUGGAAGCGUUGUUCCCAGUAGCGCGACCGCAAUGGGACUAUAAUACAGCAGCAGGUAGGGAACGACUGUCCAUAUACCGCCGGGCUCUGGUAGCAGGACUAAGAGGGGCAGCCAGGAAACCUACCAAUCUGGCAAAGGUGAGAGAAAUUAUGCAGGGGCCUAAUGAACCACCCUCGGUGUUCCUAGAACGUAUCAUGGAGGCCUAUCGUAUUUAUACCCCGUUUGAUCCCAAAUCUAGGGGACAACGGGCCUCCGUUAUCAUGUCCUUCAUUGGACAAGCUGCACCAGAUAUAAAACGAAAACUGCAGCAUAUCGAGGGAUUGCAGGAUUACACCCUGCAAGAUAUUGUUAAAGAGGCUGAGAAAGUGUUCCAUAAAAGGGAAACCGAGGAAGAAAAGUGGGAGAGGGAAAAGAAUGAGAGAGAGAAGGAAGAAAUACGAAGACAAAAGAGACAGGAUAAGAAUUUAACAAGAAUACUUACUACAGUAAUGGCCGAGGGGAAACGCCAAGGGGAAAGACAGGCGAAAGGAGGAAGGGACCUGGGCGACAAUGACAGGAAUAAGGGACCCAGAAGACUGGGAAAAGAUCAAUGUGCGUUCUGCAAGGAACAUGGGCAUUGGGCCCGUGAAUGCCCUAAGAAAAAGGGAAAGAGAGUACUAACCCUGGAGGAAGAUGAAGAUUAAUGGGGUCAGGGCCCGGAACCCCUCCCCGAGCCUAGGAUAACGUUAAAUGUGGAGGGGACCCCAGUAAAUUUUUUGAUUGAUACUGGGGCAGAAUAUUCCGUACUGAAAACCUCAUUAGGGACUGUAACUAACAAACAGACCAUGGUAAUUGGAGCAACAGGUCGAAAAGAAUACCCCUGGACAACUAAUCGAACUAUUGACUUGGGAACUAACCAGGUAUCCCAUUCUUUUUUGUUAAUACCCGAGUGCCCUACCCCCCUCCUCGGACGAGACCUGUUAACAAAAAUGAAGGCUCAGAUAAGCUUUACUUCUGCUGGCCCUGAGAUCGCCCUUGCAGGCAGAAAGCCAAAAACAUGCGUAUUGUCUCUGCACUUGGGGGAGGAAUAUAGACUAUACCAAAACCCCAAGGAGAACCUGGAUAACCUUGAAAAGUGGCUCAAGCAGUAUCAUGGGGGCAUGGGGGAAGCGGUGAACAUCCCUCCCAUAGUGAUCAAGCUGCAAUCAAAUGCCACCCCAAUAAGCGUAAAACAAUACCCAUUGUCAAAAGAGGCAGUAGCAGGGAUACGACCUCACAUCGACAAGCUUGUACAACAAGGGAUUCUUGUGCCUUGUAAAUCUCCCUGGAACACACCACUCUUGCCGGUAAAGAAACCUGGGACUGGGGAUUAUCGGCCAGUACAGGACUUGCGGGAAGUCAACAAGAGUCCUUACCUUACAUCCUACGAUGACCUCCUACUCGCGGCGUCCACCAAAGAAAGCUGCCUGAUGGGAACUCGCAGACUACUGGUUGAACUUGGAAGGUUGGGGUACCGUGUCUCAGCAAAGAAGGCACAAAUCUGCCAGAAAGAGGUAACCUAUCUGGGAUAUGCUCUAAAGGAUGGAAAAAGGUGGCUGACGGAAGCCCGAAAGAAGGCCAUCUUGCAGAUCCCCACCCCGUCAACCUCUCGACAGGUGCGUGAGUUCCUGGGAACGGCGGGGUUCUGUCGCCUUUGGAUACUUGGGUUUGCUAGCUUGGCUGAACCACUAUAUCCACUCACCAAAAACAAAGGAGAAUUCGUAUGGGGCAAAGAGCAGGAGGAGGCCUUCACCAACAUAAAGAAGGCGCUGUUAAGUUCCCCUGCUCUGGCGUUACCUGACCUCACCAAACCAUUUACUCUGUUCGUGGAUGAGCGAAAGGGAGUGGCCCGGGGUGUGUUAACACAGAAACUCGGACCCUGGAAACGGCCAGUGGCAUACUUGUCAAAAAAAUUAGACCCCGUGGCCAGUGGAUGGCCUGCCUGCCUUAAAAUAGUGGCUGCCACCGCAGUCUUGGUAAAAGACUCUGAUAAACUUACUUUUGGACAACCAAUUACAAUCAUUGCAGCCCACUCCCUGGAAAGCAUUAUUCGACAACCUCCUGACCGGUGGUUAACAAAUGCCAGGAUGACUUACUAUCAGAGUCUGUUACUAACUGAACGUAUUAAGUUUGCCCCUCCAGCCAUCCUGAACCCAGCCACACUGAUGCCUGAAGCAGGAGAGAGUGACCAGCCUCUCCAUGAAUGCCAAGAGGUUCUAGCCGAAGAAGUGGGCAUUCGCGCAGACCUAACUGACCAGCCUAUGGAAGGAACCCCCUCGUGGUUCACCGAUGGGAGCAGCUACCUGCUGGAAGGAAAGCGAAAGGCUGGCGCAGCCGUAGUGGACGGGAAACGGGUCGUGUGGGCUAGCUCGUUGCCAGAGGGGACCUCUGCCCAAAAAGCCGAACUAGUAGCCCUCAUACAGGCCCUGAGGUUGGCUGAAGGAAAAGUGAUUAACAUAUUUACCGAUAGCAGAUACGCCUUCGCAACAGCCCACGUCCACGGGGCAAUAUACAGACAGAGGGGGCUCUUGACAUCGGCGGGGAAGGAAAUUAAGAACAAAGAGGAAAUUUUAAAUCUCCUAGAAGCCGUACAUCUCCCCAAAAAGGUGGCCAUCAUACAUUGCCCAGGGCAUCAAAAAGGAGAUGACUGGGUUGCAAGAGGGAAUCGAAUGGCAGACACAACUGCCAAAGAGGCCGCACUAGAGGCCAUGAUACUCUCAGUAAUCGGGUCAGACAAUGGACCUGCCUUUGUCGCCCAGCACGCCUAA